AUGAGUUCACCAAAUCUUUGUCCGAAGAGGGCGCUAUUCUUGGCUAAAAAAGUUUUCAUCCUUUUGUUCCUUGGUACACUGAUUGAAAAACUGACUGAUUUUAUUUCAGACGUUGAUGGUGAAGGUGAAGGUGGAGGUGAGGGUGAAGACGGCGAAGGUGAAGGUGAAGGCGAAGAUUUUGAAGAGGGAGAGGGAGAAGGAGACAGUGGUGAGGGCGCGCCGGAGGGUGGAGAAGCUGCCCCAGCCGAAGCCUAG